AGACCACUUGCUAGAUUGGUUGUACUGACACUACUAGCUCGCAGGUUUGUGUUCUGUUCUGUUCUGCUUUGCAUUCUCCGCCAUCAUCAUCAUCAUCAUGCAAGCGCUUCAUUCCCCCACCCUCCGAACUUCUCCCUUGGACCCUCUUCGGGGCCCCAACAAUGCCGCCGCCAAGCGACGCGCCUCCUCUGCCAAGCGCGUGUUCUUCGUGUCCGCCACGCUGGCGCCGAAGGUGUCCGCCCCGCAGCGGCAGAAGGACCCGAAGAAGCGCGUGGUUAUCACGGGAAUGGGGCUCGCGUCGGUGUUCGGGAACGACGUGGAGGGGUACUACGAGAAGCUUCUCGCCGGCGAGAGCGGCAUCACCCCCAUCGACCGCUUCGACGCCUCCAAGUUCCCCACGCGCUUCGGCGGCCAGAUCCGCGGCUUCUCCGCCGAGGGCUACAUCGACGGCAAGAACGACCGCCGCCUCGACGACUGCCUCCGCUACUGCAUUGUCGCCGGCAAAAAGGCCCUCGAAAACGCCGACCUCGCCCCAGACAACCACUCCAAGAUUGAUAAGGAGCGUGCUGGUGUUCUUGUAGGCUCCGGAAUGGGAGGUUUAACGGUGUUUUCUGACGGUGUUCAGGCUCUGAUUGAGAAGGGGCACAGGAAGAUAACGCCGUUUUUUAUUCCGUAUGCCAUUACUAACAUGGGUUCGGCUUUGCUUGGGAUAGACCUUGGGUUCAUGGGUCCCAACUAUUCUAUAUCCACGGCUUGUGCUACCUCCAACUAUUGCUUUUAUGCUGCGGCGAACCAUAUUCGGAGAGGGGAGGCUGAUUUGAUGAUUGCGGGUGGGACUGAGGCUGCCAUUAUUCCAAUUGGGUUAGGGGGUUUCGUUGCUUGCAGGGCGCUUUCGCAGAGGAAUGAUGACCCCAAAACUGCUUCCAGGCCGUGGGAUAAGGACCGUGAUGGCUUUGUUAUGGGCGAAGGUGCUGGAGUUUUGGUAAUGGAGAGCUUGGAACAUGCCAUGAAGCGAGGCGCACCUAUUAUUGCUGAAUACUUGGGAGGUGCUGUUAACUGUGAUGCUUAUCACAUGACUGAUCCAAGGUCUGAUGGACUUGGUGUGUCUACAUGCAUUCAGAGCAGCCUUGAAGAUGCGGGUGUGUCACCAGAGGAGGUCAACUACAUAAAUGCACAUGCAACUUCCACUCUUGCUGGAGACUUGGCAGAGAUCAAUGCUAUUAAAAAGGUUUUCAAGGACACUUCUGGAAUCAAAAUUAAUGCAACCAAGUCUAUGAUAGGGCACUGCCUUGGUGCAGCUGGGGGUUUGGAAGCCAUUGCCACAGUGAAAGCCAUAACAACAGGAUGGCUGCAUCCAACAAUCAAUCAAUUUAACCCAGAACCUGCAGUUGAUUUUGAUACAGUGGCAAAUGUCAAGCAGCAGCAUGAAAUCAACGUUGCCAUUUCAAAUUCAUUUGGAUUCGGUGGACACAACUCUGUGGUAGCAUUUUCUGCUUUCAGGCCUUGAUUGCCCAGCUUAGCUUGUCUGAACUUUAUGUAGAACACGGGUUUAAGUUAAUUGAAAUUUUGUUCUCUCUACAUCAUUGAGGCUAUUUAUUCUAUCUGAGUUCGUCAUAUAUAAAAGCUGUAGGCCUGUAGUUGUUCAUUUUGUGCCUAAUUGUGACUUGACAAUUAGCUAUAAGACUGUUUUGUUGUAGAACAUUUUGAAUAUAGCUCGAAGAUUUCAUUAUUUGGAGGUAUGCAGCAGCGGAUAGAAUGUCAAAACUCAAAUUCUUAAGCAUUCUUCCUUAUUGUAGCAUCAGGGGUUUAUUUGAAUCUCACUUGAUCGGCUUCUUGAAUACAUGCUUAUACAACAUUAUUUCAGAGGGGUUUCAUGAGUGAUGACUUUCAA